UCGUUUCAUAUAACAGUAUAUUUUGCAAGUACUGUUUGGACACUAAGAAAGUACAUCGAUGAUCCAAUUCGUAUGAUGAAAGUCCUCAUAACGCUGGGAACUGCUGUACAGCUCUACAUUAAGUUCUUCGUUUGGCAUUCGAAACCCCAAGAAGUCAAGUUAUUUACCGCUGAACUGGAACAAGAAGUGCUUAAACGCUACCAGGACGGGUCUGAAGAGGAAACUGCUGUACUUAGACAUACAGGUCGUAUUCUUUGGAUAGUCUAUCGUAUAAUGAGUGCGUCAUAUAUCUUCGCUGCAGUUGCAUUCGGAGUGUAUCCUGCAUUUUAUUACUUUGUAACGGGAGUAGUGAUGCCUUUGUUUGUGUACGAGCUACCGUUCUGCGAUUUGAGUUCUUCUUUAGGAUACGCAGUGACGAUGUGUUUUCAGAUUAAUCUCUUGGUUAUUGGUGUUUUGGGAGCAAUACUGUCUGAUUUUGUGUUUUUCAUGUACGCAAUAUAUGCUAUGGCUAGGACAGAGAUUUCAAUAUUGCAUCUUGGUGAGCUGGAAAACAUGCUUAUCGACCCCAAUAAGAAUGAAGAACACACUGAGGAUAUACGUCGCAAGUGGGUCCAGUGCAUGCACGAUCAUCAGCAAUCAACCAGCUUUUUCAGCACGAUUGAAAACUUAUUCGGGCUUAUGUGUUUAGCACAGGUUGCAACAGAAUUUCUUUCAAUAUGUGACGCAAUGCUAUUAGUGCUUUUGACUGAUUGGUACCCAACAUAUUCCUACCUGUACGUGAUGUUCGUCCAAUUAUCAGGAUAUUUCGUGAUUGGACAUAUGGUUGAGAUAAAGGUAGUGUGUAGUAUUUUUGACAAACAUGUUACUUAUCACAGAUUGACGCAUUGUACAACAAGAUCAUCUCGUUGCCUUGGUAUAAACUACCAGUAAAAGAACAGAAGGAAUUUAGAUUUCUUAUGAGCAGACAGCAAUAUCCGAUGAUGUUGACAGCGUAUGGCUUUCAUCCCAUGAAUUUCGAGGCGUACAUGAGUGUAUAUAAUAGUUCAUAGUCGAGUAUUUUUAAAGCCUUUUAUAGUUUUUGUUACUUUGCAGGUGUUGAAGCGUCUGUACCAGUUUUUCGUCAUGCUCAUGCAGUAUGUUGGCUGAAAAGGGGAACACAACAGUUUAAACUAAUUGUUACAUUUGCUAUGCACCAGAAUGUGUAAUGCACACAGCACAAAAUAACGAGCAAUGUAGUUUUGCAGCAUGCACACUUACUACACAGUGCCUUACGGCGUCCAGACCAAUCAUUCAUAUUCUAGGACAGGACAGAUCCAGCAUCAUAAAGAAAAGCUUGUAGCGAUCAACAAUCCGAUAAAGUCCCCGCUUGGCAAAAUGUCGCGCGACAUGCAUGCUUGAAAUCGAUGCUUGUUAACAUUUUAUUUCAAGCAUCGUGAGUGUCCCAGCGUGAGCGCUGAGCGCACCU